AUGGCAAAUAACAAAACACUAUGUUUCAAAUGUAAUAAAGAAAAAAUUACAUAUUCCUGUGAAGGAUGUUCAAAACACUUUUGUUUAAUGGAUUUAACAGAACAUCGCCAAACAUUAAAUAAUGAAUUGCAACUUAUCACCAACGAAUAUAAUGAAUUUAAACAAAGAAUUAAUGAACAAAGACAAAAUCCACAUAAUCAUUCAUUAAUGAACCAAAUUAAUCAAUGGGAAAUAAAAUCAAUUGAGAAAAUUCAACAAAAAGCACAAGAGUACAGAGAAAUCCUUAAUAAAUCAUCACAAACAUGUACUAAUGAUAUUGAAAAGAAAUUUAAUAAUUUACGGGAAGAAAUAAAACAAUAUCAACAAGAAAACGAAUUUAAUGAAAUUAACUUGAAUUAUUUAAGAACUCAAUUAAUAGAAAUUGGAAAAGAAUUAAAAAAUCCAUCAAAUGUUUCUAUUCAACCAAAUCCACAACCACUCAUUAAUGAUAUUUCAAUCAUUCUGUCAAAAACAUCAAAAUUUAACAAAUGGAAACAAAAUGCCAUUACUGUGGCUGGUGGAAAUGGACGAGGACAAGAAUUGAAUCAGCUCUAUGGUCCUCGUGGAAUCUUUGUUGAUAAAAACAAAAAUCUUUUCAUUGCUGAUUAUUGGAAUCAUCAUAUUGUUGAAUGGAAACGUAAUGUAAAAGAAGGACAAAUCAUUGCAGGUGGAAAUGGCGAAGGAAACAGAAUGGAUCAAUUGAGUUAUCCAACAGAUGUGAUUGUUGAUCAACAAAAUCAUUCGAUCAUCAUUGCUGAUUGUGGGAACAGACGAGUGAUUCGAUACUUGAAUGAAAAUCAACAAACUCUCAUUGACGAUAUUGACUGUUUUGGAUUAGCAAUGGACAAACAUGGAUUUCUUUAUGCAUCUGAUUAUAAGAAGCAUGAAGUGAGACGAUGGAAAAUGGGUGAAUACAAUAACGAAGGAAUUAUAGUGGCAGGUGGAAAUGGAAAAGGAAAUCAACUCAAUCAAUUCGAUUUACCUAGUUUUAUCUUUGUUGAUGAGGAUCAAUCUGUUUAUGUAACAGAUAGAGACAAUCAUCGUGUGAUGAAAUGGAGAAAAGAUGCAAGAGAAGGAAAAAUUGUUGCUGGAGGAAAUGGUAAAGGAUGGAAUCUUAAUCAAUUGUCUCAUCCUCUAGGAGUCAUUGUUGAUGAUUUGGAUCAGAUUUAUGUAGCAGAUUGUAACAAUAAUCGAAUAAUGCGUUGGUGUGAAGGAAAAGAAGAAGGUGAAAUAGUUGUUGGUGAAAAAGGUGAAGGAAAUAAACCAAAUCAAUUGAAUGGUCCCGUUGGUUUAUCUUUUGAUGAUGAAGGAAAUCUUUAUGUAGCUGAUUACAUUAAUCAUCGAAUUCAAAAAUUUGAAAUAAUUUUGUGA